ACCUCCGUUUCUUCUUCCCAUCGCCCGUCUCCUACGUCCAGCGCCCCCCAACUCUCUGCAGAACACCCCUCCCUCUCUUCCCGCUCAUCCCUCUCUCUUUCAGUCGCCCUCUCUAUCCGUCCGUCCCGAUCUCUCAUUCUCUUUCGAGUUUCUGCCGCCCAAGCUCAACGCCAUGCCCCCGCUGUUUCCCCGACGUCAUACCACAAGUCCACGUCAGUAAGCCUAUCCGACCACCGCUCUCCCUCCCUCGAACUCUUUUUCUCUCUCGUUGCCGCCCACCUCGCUCUCUCUUCCUGAAAUUCUCAGCCGCCGCUCACCACUGGGCUACCGCCAACAACGCCGCGCAGACUGCCGCUCGCCACUCAACCCUCUUCAGCCUUGCCCACGCCAAAGCCACCGCACACCUCACGCCACUCCAGCCCGUCCUCCACUGUCCCCUCCGUCGUCUGUUGCAGCGCCCCGCCACAGAUCUUUUCCUCCCUCUGUCGCGAGCUCUCUCAUCUCUGCAUCCUCUCAGCGGCGCCACCCCACAGACGCAACGAGCCGCCGUAGGCCGCUGCAUCGCACAGCGCCCAUUCGAAGUGCUGCCAACGAAGCUGACAUGGCAGUCCCAUCGCAUCGUUGUCGUGAACAAACCGCCGCGCUGUUCGGUUACAUCGUCCACAGUGGCUGUCCAACACUGCUACCCUUCUUAGUGUGAAGCUGCCACCACCGGACAACCACCGGUCAAUUGGUUAGAGGGCGUGACAAAAGACGUGUACGGGGCCUAUAAAUUUUUGGUUUGCGGAACUUCUUGAAUAUUUGGUCUCUCAUGGAUGAGGCAUCUGGUUGCGCUUCAAGCCUUGCAUGGAUUUGGGUCAUUGAAGCUCUUGCAAGCUUCAAGGAAGUUGAUGUUUCUAUUUUACAUGAUUUGAUUGAAAUGGCUCCAGAUUUACCAGAUAAUUUGGGGAAAAACAUGAGGGAAAUGCUGGCUUUGAGAUGUUUGGAGGUUUUAUCUGGUCCUAGUAAUGGGAUUGCAAAAGAUGGUUGUUCAUCCCUAGCUUCAAAAGUUGGGUUUGAUAUGUCAAAAAGCUGUGAGGAUGUUCUCGAGCACAUAGUGCAGGAGACUUCGUUAUCAGAUCUUAAAAUGGCUGGAUUAGAGCUGUCAAAAUGCAAUGCUCACCCCUUUAUAGUCCAUAAAAGAGCCUGUAUGCCUAAACUUGCCUUACAACAGCUGAAAGAUUCCCUUCUUGAUGGUAGUCAUCCUUAUGCUGAUACCUUGAAGGUAAGGAGUGGAUUGGCAAAUGCAGGUGAAAUAGUACCUGUGUAUAAUGUUAAGCACAGAGCACUCACACGGAGAGUUAAUAAGAGCUGUCUUGACACACAGCAUAUGGGACCGAAAGGGAAUGUGAUGCCUAGAAUUGUUGAGGGUAGGAAAAAGCUACUGGAAACCAAUCCGUGUACUGGGAUUUUACUUGACUCCAAGAGGAAAAGGAAUACACUGGCUACUGAAAAUAUGGAUGAAGACUUCCAUGAAAACCGAAAUGGUUUAGAUGCUUGUGAUGAUCCUAAUAUAAAUGCCAAGAGGCAGAAGCAAUUUGCCUCAUCCUCAAUUCAGUCCAGAGAAGUAAACCCAGUUCCUCUAAAUGGAGCAGAACACAUAGAGUUUCCAUCUGAAAGAGUUAUGCUGGUUGCUGGAACAGAAAGUUGUGGCUUGGCUAAGGAUCAGGGAGGAAGCCUGGAAGAAGUCAGGGUUCUAGGGGAUAAUCAUGAUGAGCAUACUGCCUCCAUGAAAUGUGGGCAUAUUGCUGAUGAUGAAUUCAGCCAUAUUGAAUCAGAGAUUCUUGAUGUCGGUACUGCUAUACCUUCGGAUACAUUUGGAGAUGAACCUCGUCAAAAGAUCUCUGUUGAUGAAGUUGGAGAUGAUAGGGAACAAUGUGCUGAACUUAGAACUUCAAGUGGUCCUCUCCUGGUCAAGACUCAAGGAAAUGAAUCCCAAUGUGACUGUGAACACCAGUUUCAACUAAAAGCACUAUUCUCUGCAUCACUCAAUGGAUGCAAGCAGAAGAUCAUCGCACAUGAAGCUGAAGAGAAUAUGGACCAUUGUUGUGAAGUGGGGACAUCAAGUGAUGGUGAGGGGUAUCACUACGGUAAUAUUGAUGUCUUCUUUGAGAAAAAUGAGUUCUUGAGCUCUCGGGCAACAAACAGUUAUGAUCCAUCAACUGGUUGGACGUUCCAAAAUCUUUGUAUGAAGUGUAAUGAAGGUGGUCAGCUGUUGGUAUGUAGCACAAGUAAUUGCCCGGUGAUGGUUCAUGAGAACUGUUUGGGUUCCUCACCCUGCUUUGACAACAAUGGUAAAUUUUACUGCCCCUUCUGUGCAUAUUCCCUUUCUAUUUCAGAGUAUCUUGUAGCUAAGAAAAAGGCCUCCUUGGCAAGGAAAGAAUUAACUUUGUUUUUUGGUAUGGUUUGGGACCAAAAGCCAGAGGAACUUACCAAGACAUUUCAUAGAGAUGAGGAGGAUCUUCUCGUCAAAAGUCAUGAAAAUGGGUCCUUGGAAGAGAGAGUAAAUGGUCAGACUGGUCAUGGCGGGGAACAUGCAGAUGAAGUCAAUAAUUUUCAUUGUAGAAGAGGUAUAGAUGAUAAGCAACAAGCAGAAUCUUCUGCAUUAUGUGAUGUCAAUUCAGUACUUAGAGAGGAAGAGCCAGCUGAAAUUACCAGGACACUAAAUGUAUUAACUGAAGAGAAAGAAGGGCAAGAAAAUUCUAUCCAAGCUGUAAGAGUGGUUGAAGGAGACAACCAAGAAGCAGCUGAGCAUGAUGGUUAUAAUUCAUCUGGUAGAAACACAGAUGUUAUUCCUGUCAAUCAAAGUCACGUGGAGGAAGAACUCCAGCAGGAUGUUUUAGAGCAGCAGAUUGCCUACCCACCAGAUGAACCUGUUUGUGUACAGGAUACUCAUGCAGGUGGUGAUAAUUUAUCCUGUAGAAACACAGACGUUAUUCCUGGCAUUCAGAUAAACUCAAAGGAACAAAUCCAGCAGGAAGUUUUAGAGCAAGAGAUCGCGGAGCCAACAGAGGAACCUGUUUGCGCACUUGAUGCUGAUGCAGAGGAAAUUUCUGGAGAUGAAAAUGCGAAGUCUAUCAUUUCUAAUUAUUCUAUAAGAGUCCAAAAGCAAGAGAGGCAUGAUACUUACCCAGCAAGUCCUCAGCUAAGGCGAAACAAAGUUCCAUGGACAGCUGAGGAAGUAGAGAUACUGAAGGAAGGAGUGCAGAAAUUUUCAAACACCAAUGACAGAAAUAUUCCAUGGAAGAAGAUUUUAGAAUUUGGUGGCAAUGUGUUUCUGCGCAUUCGGACAACAGUAGACUUGAAGGAUAAAUGGAGGAACUUGGGCAAAGUGGGCCCGAGGUGAAAAUGAAGUCCUGUCAGGGGAGAUGGAAACCCAAAAAAGAACAAAAACACACAAUCUAAGAGUGGAAUUAGCUUUGCUAGGAUCUGUACUGAGAUUGAUGUAUGGUUCAUUUUGUUGAGCACUUUUGACUCCCAUUGUGAGAAUGACUGGUUGUUCUCUGUGUAAAGUCUUCAUGCUCAGACUUGGGUGUACAGGCUUUGAUUUAACAUGGCAAGCCUGGGCCCAAUUCCGAGGAAGA